CAACUCCCUGCCCUGCCGUUAUCCAGAGAACUGUUUCGGAGUAAAUAUGGAGGGUUUGUCCACAAGUUCUGAGAUGGUCUCAACAUGGUGGAGAUGGCGCCAUCUGUUGGAGGAGAACAGUACUGGAGGUGUGGAUAAUAGUAGCUGUUUCAGCUCUACCCAGAGCACUGUGCUUACAGGCGUGAGGUUUGGAGGGGUGCCUGUGGUCCUGCUGCUUGACUUCAUCGUCUUCCUGGUGUUGCUGUUGAUCUUCUCCUUCAUAAGGAGGAAUCUGUGGGAUUAUGGGCGUCUUGCACUGGUGGCUGAGACUGAAGAGUUUAGUGAGAUGUCUCAUCGCCGCUUUGGUCGAAUGACAUCACUCAGGUCAAACCCUGAGGAGCCAGAGCACGAGAAGAAAUGCUGUUCCUGGCUGCCUUUCAUCAUCAGAAUGGAUGAUGAGAUGAUCAAGCAGAGGUGUGGUGUGGAUGCCAUACACUACUUGGCCUUCCAGCGUCACCUCAUCACACUGCUGCUCCUCAUCUGUGUGGCCUCAGUGGCUGUCAUCCUACCUGUCAAUCUCUCAGGGAACCUGCUGGGAAAUGAUCCAUAUAGUUUCGGCAGAACCACUAUAGCAAAUCUCCGGAGAGAUAACCGGCUGCUGUGGCUGCACACUGUGUUUGCUGUUCUGUAUCUGAUCCUGACCGUGGCCCUGCUCAGACGCCACACCUCUCACAUAAAGGGCAUGAGAAGAGACACGGCCAGAACAACCCUGUUAGUGUGUUCUGUACCCCCCACGGCGAGUGUGGACAGUAUAAAAUGCCAUUUUAAGGACGCAUACCCCCUGUGUAAUGUGACUGACAUCCAGUUGUGUUAUGACGUUGCCAAGGUGAUAUAUCUUGCCAAAGAAAGGAAACGUGCAGAGAAAAACCUGCUUUAUUACCAAAAGAUCCUGGAUCGCCAAGGGAAGCGUGAGGUCAUUAAUCCACACCUGUGUGGGUACCUAUGCUGCUGUCAUACCUGUAAGGGAUGUGAGAAGGUUGAUGCCAUAGACUACUACAGUGCUCAGGAGACUUGUCUUCAUGAAGAAAUGAAGAAGCAGAGAGAGAAUGUGCAUGAUCAUCCUCUGGGAAUGGCUUUUGUCACCCUGCAAACAGAAUCCAUGACAGCCCAUAUCCUGAAAGAUUUCAAUGCCUUGGACUUCAGAGAUGGAUUUGUCCGGGGGUGCGGUCGAGAGCCACAGCCAUCAACCAAUAGUGAGGCUCUGAAAGUGAGACAAUGGAGAGUGAGCCACGCCCCCCAUCCUAACAACAUCUAUUGGGAGAACCUGUCAGUGCAGGGGCCCCGCUGGUGGCUGCGUCUCCUCGUGCUUAACGGUUCCCUUUUCAUCCUUCUUUUCUUCCUCACCACCCCCUCCAUUAUCAUCAGCACCAUCGAUAAAUUCAAUGUCACCAGACCUAUUUACUACCUUAAUAGUGCUGUGAUCAGUCAGUUCUUCCCCACCCUGUUGCUGUGGUCCUUCUCUGCCCUACUUCCCACCAUUGUAUAUUAUUCCACCCUGGGAGAGGCGCAUUGGACGAGGUCGACUGAAAAUUUAAGUAUGAUGUACAAGCUUUACAUCUUCCUGCUUUUUAUGGUACUUAUCCUGCCAUCCCUGGGUCUAACAAGUCUGGACGUGUUGUUUCGGUGGUUGUUUGACACUCAGUCAGAGGGCAAGCUGCGAUUUGAGUGUGUUUUCUUGCCCGAUCAGGGGGCAUUCUUUGUCAACUAUGUUAUUGCAGCAGGAUUAGUGGGGUCAGGGAUGGAGCUCCUCCGGUUGCCAGGGUUACUUCUCUACACCAUCCGUAUGGCUCUGGCCCGCUCUGCAGCAGAGAGGAAGUACGUCAAACAGAACCAGGCGUAUGAGUUUGAAUAUGGUGCCAUGUAUGGAUGGACUCUAUGUGUAUUCACUGUUAUUAUGGCCUACAGCAUCACCUGCCCUGUCAUAGUGCCUUUUGGUCUCCUCUACCUGAUGCUGAAGCACUUGGUGGACAAGCACAACCUGUAUUUUACCUACCUGCCCGCUCGACUGGACCGCCAAGUCCACUUGGGAGCUGUCAAUCAAGCUCUAGCUGCACCCAUUAUCUGCCUGCUCUGGCUCUAUUUCUUCUCAGUGAUCAGAACAGGCUUCAUGGCAGAGACAUCGCUCUUCACUCUGGUUGUGUUGUGUGUGACCAUCUUCAUUGGCAUAAGUUAUUCCUGCUUCGGCCAUUUCAAAUACCUUUUCCCCCAGAACUAUGCAGUGAAGGAAGAUGAAGAGGAUGAUGCUGAAUGUGUCUCUGUUAGUUCUUGCGGCUCAGUUUACCUUCCCAAGGUGCUGCGCUCUGACACAACUGAGCCCCAAGGUGGAUACAGCUCCCACCAGUCGUAUGGCACCACCGACACAAGCCCCGCCUUCCUGAGCACGGAGGACGAUGAACCAGACGACUCAGAUAUCUAGCAGUGCCAGAGGAGAGCCUCCUCCAUCCACAGACGCACUCUGGCCAUUCAACAUGCUUAAAACACGAAACAUGAAGGACCUAAAACAUGGAGGAACCAACAGUCUCUGAACUGAAUGUGCCUCUGACCUGUUCAAAUUCGUCCGUUUCUGGUCACUCAUUUCAGUCACCCCAUAGUCCUCAGAGACUGUGUGUGUUUGUACCUGCCAUCCAGACACAUCUUUCCAACAAACUACUGUCCAUGAGAAGUUGUUUUUAAAAUAAGGAGGAAACAUUUCACAGGGCCAAUAAGAUCAUUUCAUUCACAGGUCAAUUAUAACAGGUCAAGAAUGAAACAGUGGAUAAUGUUGUAUAUCCAUGCAGUGAGCCCAUUGUCUGCAAAGGCUGAAGAAACUGCUGAACCGAAGGAAGAA